GGGGGGGAGCCCCGCCCCCGCCGGGCGUGUGUGUAGUGUUUGGGGCCCGCGCAGGUUGAGCGCCCUCCGCCUUCGCACCUCCUGCCUCCGAGGCCCGACUGCUGCCCCUGCGCCCCUCGCCCCGCCAGGCGUCGAGGGCCAGCAUGGGCCAGGAAGAGGAGCUGCUGAGGAUCGCCAAAAAGCUGGAGAAGAUGGUGGCCAGGAAGAAAACGGAAGGGGCCCUGGACCUUCUGAAGAAGCUGCACAGCUGCCAGAUGUCCAUCCAGCUACUACAGACAACCAGGAUUGGAGUGGCUGUUAAUGGGGUCCGCAAGCACUGCUCAGACAAGGAGGUGGUGUCCCUGGCCAAAGUCCUCAUCAAAAACUGGAAGCGGCUGCUAGACUCCCCUGGACCCCCAAAAGGAGAAAAAGAAGAGGAAAGAGAAAAAGCAAAGAAGAAGGAAAAAAGGCUUGACUGUUCAGACUGGAAGCCAGAAGCAGGCCUUUCUCCACCACGGAAAAAACGAGAAGAGCCCAAAACCAGGAGAGACUCUGUGGACUUCAAGUCUUCUGCCACCUCCUCUCCAAAAAGGCCAUCGGUGGAAAGAUCAAACAGCAGCAAAUCAAAAGCGGAGAGUCCCAAAACACCUAGCAGCCCCUUGACCCCCACGUUUGCCUCCUCCAUCUGCCUCCUGGCCCCCUGCUAUCUCACAGGAGACUCUGUCCGGGACAAGUGUGUGGAGAUGCUGUCAGCAGCCCUGAAGGCGGAUGAUGAUUACAAGGACUAUGGAGUCAACUGUGACAAGAUGGCAUCAGAAAUCGAAGAUCAUAUCUACCAAGAGCUCAAGAGCACGGACAUGAAGUACCGGAAUCGCGUGCGCAGCCGCAUCAGCAACCUCAAGGACCCCAGGAACCCCGGCCUGCGGCGAAACGUGCUCAGUGGGGCCAUCUCUGCAGGGCUCAUAGCCAAGAUGACAGCAGAGGAAAUGGCCAGUGAUGAACUGAGGGAGUUGAGGAAUGCCAUGACCCAGGAGGCCAUUCGUGAGCACCAGAUGGCCAAGACCGGCGGCACCACCACUGACCUCUUCCAGUGCAGCAAAUGCAAGAAGAAGAACUGCACCUACAACCAGGUGCAGACACGCAGUGCUGAUGAGCCCAUGACUACCUUUGUCUUAUGCAAUGAAUGCGGCAAUCGCUGGAAGUUCUGCUGAUGGAACAGCCAGGACUGACAUGAACAAGGUGAGGAAGAACAAAGAGGAAGCACUAAACUGUCUGAACUGGAGAAGCAAUAAAAAUUAAAGUGAAGAAAAAUACUGA